UCAAGUGCAACAAUGGCAGGCUCAUAUGCAUGAUGAUGAACUUUACUUUGACUUUAAGUGUUUUACUCCUGUGCAGCCUCAGCUGGUUCUCUCUCUCAGUGUCAGAGUUUUACACCGUGGAGGUUCAGCCUGGUGAGGAAGUCACUCUACUGUGCACCAACUACACCAGUUCUCCCACUCAGAUGAGCUGGUUCAGAGCGGUCAAGCGACUGAAGCCCCACUGUGUUGUAUCUAUAUUCAAGCCCUCUGAGUCUGCUUCAUACUGUGGUGGAUUUCAAAAUGACAGAUUCAAUGUGACGUCCAACAUCUCCACCAUCUUUCUCAAAAUCAAACAAGUGGAUUUAUCUGACUCUGGACUGUAUUUCUGUGGAUAUAGCAUAAACAAAAACCCGGUUAUUGUCAGUGCAACAUAUUUAGAGGUUCAAGAAGUGUUUGAUGGAAUUGCAAAGACAACGAGCGUGAUCAUGGGUGCUCUGACCAUUUUCCUCGCUAUGGCCAUCAUUGGUUUGGUUGUCAAAAUAAUACAAAAGCUUCAGAAAGCUCAUACUGAAGAAGAGAAUCCACAACAGACAAAGAGUCAGGGUUCAGAUGACCUGGACUAUGCAGCAGUGACCUUUUAUCCAAAAAACAGAAUCCAAAGAGAAACAAUAAUCUGGACUGGUGACCUGAACAGUGCAGCACUGAGCGUGCAUUCCCCACAGUAAGAAACAGGAGAUCUGCGUCAGAGACAGAAGUGGAGACUCAUGUUAUUCACAGUGGAACUGAUGUUUUGUCAUGUUAAUCUGCUGAUGUGAUUCUGUGCGGCUGC